AGGGGAGAUGCCAUUUAAAUGCAUGGAGUGUGGAAAGACCUUUGCUCAAAGAGGUAAUCUUAUUCGUCAUAAGUUGGUUCACACAGGGGAGAAGCCGUUUAAAUGCAUGGAGUGUGGGAAGAGAUUUGCUCAAAGUCAUCUUAUUUCCCAUAAGAUGAUCCAUACAGGGAAGAAGCCGUUUAAAUGCAUGGAGUGUGGGAAGACUUUUGCUCAUAGCAGUUACCUAAGAAUGCACAAAAGGAUCCACACAGCACAGAAGCUAUUUAAAUGCAUGGAAUGUGGAAAGACCUUUGCUCUUAGCAAUGACCUAAGAAUACACAAAAGGAUCCACACAGGGGAGAAGCCAUUUAAAUGCAUGGAAUGUGAAAAGACCUUUGCUUAUAGUAGUGGACUUACUAUCCACAAAAACAGGGGUCCCCAACCACCG